UAUUGGGUAGAGGCAGGGAAUAGAAACAUGUGCAAGAUGAUAUAGCCUACAUAACUAUUUUCCUUGUAGAGGGAGAAGCAUCCUAUUGGGUAGAGGCAGGGAAUAUAAACAUGUGCAAGAUGAUAUAGCCUACAUAACUCUUUCACAGAGGAGAGCUUAGUCCAGAAAGCAAAGUUAGAGAUAGAAAAAUGGUAUUAAAUCAGUUAUCAUCUCUAGUCUCAGAAUUGUCGCAUGGACAGGCUUUCUUAGGUCUGUGUAGUUUAUUUAUUUCCCUUAUUGUUAUUUUGCUGAUCCGACAGCUUGUGAAGCAGAGGAGACCCCGAGGAUUCCCUCCUGGACCGUCACCUAUCCCUGUCAUAGGGAACAUUAUGUCUCUAGCAACAGAACCGCACGUCUUUAUGAAGAAACAGAGUGAAAUCCAUGGGCAGAUUUUCAGUCUUGAUUUGGGAGGCUACUCAGCAGUGGUUCUGAAUGGAUAUGAUGCCAUCAGAGAAUGCCUGUACCACCAGGCUGAUGUCUUUUCUGACCGGCCAUCUCUGCCUUUAUUUAUGAAAAUGACCAAAAUGGGAGGACUUCUGAAUGCUAAAUUUGGCAACGGAUGGAUUGAACAUCGUCAACUGGCCAGCAACUCCUUUCGUUACUUUGGAAGUUUUCAAAUGCCCCUCGACCAGAAGAUCUUGGAAGAGUGCAUGUUUUUCGUGGAUGCAAUCGACGAACACAAAGGGAAACCCUUUAACCCAAAGCACCUGGUGACCAAUGCUGUGUCCAACAUCACCAACCUCAUCAUCUUCGGCGAGCGUUUCACGUACGACAACUGUGACUUCCAGCACAUGAUCGAGAUCUUCAGUGAGAAUGUGGAGCUGGCCGUCAGUGGCUGGGCCUUCCUUUAUAACGCCUUCCCAUGGAUCGAGUACCUCCCCUUCGGAAAGCACCAGAAGCUGUUCCGCAACGCAGCCAAGGUCUACAACUUCCUGGAGCAGAUCAUCAGGCGCUUCUCGAAGGGCAGAGUGUGCAACUUCCCGCGCCACUACAUCGAUGACUAUCUGAACAAGUUGGACAAGAGUGCUGGCGACUUGGGCACCCCGUAUUCCAGGGAGAACCUAAUCUACUCUGUGGGCGAGCUCAUCAUCGCAGGCACGGAGACCACCACCAACACCCUACGCUGGGCUAUGCUCUACAUGGCCCUCUACCCCAACAUUCAAGAGAAGGUGCAUAAGGAGCUGGACAGUGUGCUAGGAAGUGAGAAGUCCCCCUCGCUUGCAGACAAAAAGAGGAUGCCCUAUGUGGAAGCGGUGCUACAUGAGGUCCUGCGCUUCUGUAACAUCGUGCCCCUGGGCAUCUUCCGCGCCACCACUCAGGACACACUGGUGAGCGGUUACAACAUCCCCAAAGGCACCAUGGUCAUCACCAACCUGUACUCUGUGCACUUUGAUGAGAAGUACUGGUGCGACCCUGGAACCUUCUCACCACAUCGCUUCCUGGACAGCAAUGGAAACUUUGUCCGACGGGAAGCUUUCCUACCCUUCUCUCUGGGGAAGCGUCACUGUUUGGGCGAGCAUCUGGCCAGGAUGGAGAUGUUCCUGUUCUUCACCACCAUGCUGCAGCGCUUCCACCUGCAGUUCCCCCCCGGCACAGUGCCAAGCCUCACCCCCAAACUGGGCAUGACACUGCAGCCGCUGCCUUACUCCAUCUGCGCCGUCCGCAGGCAGCAGUGACAGAUUCUCAGAAGGCACAGCCCGAAGGGGUGGGGGGGUUGGGGGUUUAGUCAGAACAGAACAGGGGUCUAGAGCUUGGACUCCUACCUUGUUUUACACAGAACUGAUAGAAUUCUAAACAUCAGCCGAUGGUUGUUUCUGAGCAAUUGCAUGUUUACACAGCACCAUUUGCAAAGUCACAGGAUCACCAGAAAUGUUACUGGCAAGAUCCUGAAAUAUCAGGUGGAACUUCUCAGUAAGUUUAAUAGAGAAGAUAAGAAGUGUGAAUAUUUAAACAAUACAUGCAGACAUAUACUAUGAAUUAAUCUUGAAUUAGAAUUGACUUUUUAUCUGUCCUUAUAAUCAAAUGUCUCAUCUUCCCUGCGGGAUUACAUCAAUGAUUGACAGGAUGGACCUCUAUGAUGGUUCACAGCCCUGUCUUCUCUCUCACAGCCUGCCUAGAUGAGAAAUGGGAACAUUACCCACUGGGCACACACUGGUUGAAUCAUUGUUGUUUCCAUGUCACGUUGAAUUGAUGUUCCCAGUGGGUAGUUUCAGCUGUUUCUACAGCACAGUGAAAAUAAGUGGACUAGCAGCCAGCCUUUCCUAGAAGGCUCUGGACAUGGUGUUUAGUCUGGAUCAGCGCCACGUCAAUCAGUCUGAACUAACAAUGAACCCGAUCUCUAAAUUUUUACUUUUGUCUAUUAUGGUCAUACUUUGUAAUAAGAACAAUGCCAUUUGACCUUUUUUACAAUGUUUAUGGUGUGCCUUUACUAAGAGAAAUUCAAGUUACAUAUGUUUUAUGGUGUGCCUUUACUAAGAGAAAUUCAAGUUACAUAUGUUUUAUGGUGUGCCUUUACUAAGAGAAAUUCAAGUUACAUAUGUUUUAUGGUGUGCCUUUACUAAGAGAAACUCAAGUUACAUAUGUUUUAUGGUGUGCCUUUACUAAGAGAAAUUCAAGUUACAUAUGUUUUAUGGUGUGCCUUUACUAAGAGAAAUUCAAGUUACAUAUGUUUUAUGGUGUGCCUUUACUAAGAGAAAUUCAAGUUACAUAUGUUUUAUGGUGUGCCUUUACUAAGAGAAAUUCAAGUUACAUAUGUUUUAUGGUGUGCCUUUACUAAGAGAAAUUCAAGUUACAUAUGUUUUAUGGUGUGCCUUUACUAAGAGAAAUUCAAGUUACAUAUGUUUUAUGGUGUGCCUUUACUAAGAGAAAUUCAAGUUACAUAUGUUUUAUGGUGUGCCUUUACUAAGAGAAAUUCAAGUUACAUAUGUUUUAUGGUGUGCCUUUACUAAGAGAAAUUCAAGUUACAUAUGUUUUAUGGUGUGCCUUUACUAAGAGAAAUUCAAGUUACAUAUGUUUUAUGGUGUGCCUUUACUAAGAGAAAUUCAAGUUACAUAUGUUUUAUGGUGUGCUUUUACUAAGAGAAAUUCAAGUUACAUAUGUUUUAUGGUGUGCCUUUACUAAGAGAAAUUCAAGUUACAUAUGUUUUAUGGUGUGCCUUUACUAAGAGAAAUUCAAGUUACAUAUGUUUUAUGGUGUGCCUUUACUAAGAGAAAUUCAAGUUACAUAUGUUUUAUGGUGUGCCUUUACUAAGAGAAAUUCAAGUUACAUAUGUUUUAUGGUGUGCCUUUACUAAGAGAAAUUCAAGUUACAUAUGUUUUAUGGUGUGCCUUUACUAAGAGAAAUUCAAGUUACAUAUGUUUUAUGGUGUGCCUUUACUAAGAGAAAUUCAAGUUACAUAUGUUUUAUGGUGUGCCUUUACUAAGAGAAAUUCAAGUUACAUAUGUUUUAUGGUGUGCCUUUACUAAGAGAAAUUCAAGUUACAUAUGUUUUAUGGUGUGCCUUUACUAAGAGAAAUUCAAGUUACAUAUGUUUUAUGGUGUGCCUUUACUAAGAGAAAUUCAAGUUACAUAUGUUUUAUGGUGUGCCUUUACUAAGAGAAAUUCAAGUUACAUAUGUUUUAUGGUGUGCCUUUACUAAGAGAAAUUCAAGUUACAUAUGUUUUAUGGUGUGCCUUUACUAAGAGAAAUUCAAGUUACAUAUGUUUUAUGGUGUGCCUUUACUAAGAGAAAUUCAAGUUACAUAUGUUUUAUGGUGUGCCUUUACUAAGAGAAAUUCAAGUUACAUAUGUUUUAUGGUGUGCCUUUACUAAGAGAAAUUCAAGUUA